UUUGCCUCUCCUCCUGCUGCCUUUCUUCCUUCCCCCCUUCCGCCCGCUCGUCCCCCUCGCCCCUGCCGGCGGCCUUCGCGGCGGCUGUCGCGUGCAGCGCGGCCGCGUCGCUGCUGGGCGCCGGCGGCGGAGGCGGGCGGCCCGUCGGCAGGUGCGCGGAGCUGCCCCAGCAGGCGGCGGGCGCGCGCCCGCCGCUGAGCGCACGGGAGGCGCGGCGCGUGGUGGAGCUGCUCUGUGGGCUCCUGUUUGAUCCCGAGCUGGAGGACAUCCGCCUCUACGACCUGUCGGAUGCGGAGGAGUCCGACGUGGAGCGCAGCGGGGGCGACGCCACCUACGGGGAGAUGUCUUUCGAGAUGGUCGACUGGUUCCUCGAGCGCGCUGCACCCGGAUGACACCAUUUGUGAUCUGGGCAGCGGCGGGGGCCGGGUUCUCUUGUACGCGGCGCUGCGGACGGGCUGCCGCGCGGUGGGCGUCGAGCUCUCCCCGACGCGGCACCAGAGCGCGAUGACCCUCGUUGGUCUCGCGGAGCCCUUCCUGAGACCUGGCCAGGUGGUGCUGCACCACGGGGACAUCGCCGACGACGGCGGGCCGCAGCGGAACGGCACGGUGGUCCUCUUCCCCAACCGGCUCUUCGAGGACUCCAGGAAGAAACAUCGGCGCGAGCACCAGCCUUUCGGAUCGGCGCUGGGCCACCCCUUUUGGCCAGGGGGCGCCCCUGGGGAGUUCAGCGCCGAUAUCCAAGAAGGUCCGCACGGGGCGCCGGUCGGACGACGAGAUCUAUACCUGCGCACGGCGCCUGGCCAGGCCCCUCCAUUCUGGGCCCCGGAUCGACCCAGGGAGGCCUUUUGUACCGAUCCUGGGCCCAGUAUGGGCCUUUGGCCAGGGGUGGUGUGUGUAGAAGGUAUUUGGGCAUGU